AUGGCACUGGAAGCGCUUACCACUGGAGCUACCCAGCCUGUACAGCUCCAUGAAGAUAAGGAGCGUUCGUACCCGUUUCCCUUAAGCCUCGUCGGAGCUCUAGAGAAGUUCUCCUACGAAGAGACAACCCCCACUAUUGGCCGGGAAUAUCCGAGUCUGAACAUUGUUGACGACUUGCUCAACGCUAGCAAUGCCGACGACCUUAUUCGUGACCUUGCUAUCACUAUUUCCCAGAGGGGUGUGGUGUUCUUUCGUUCUCAGGAUAACCUUACAAACGAUCUUCAGAAGCAACUAGUUCACCGGCUAGGUCAACUCACUGGGAAACCGAUGGGCGAUGAUCAAAUUAGCACUAUCAGCUCGCUGCAGCGGAAGAAGCUCCAAAGAGACCUACGUAAAUCGAAAAGUAAGAGGUAUGAUGCCGCACAGUGGCAUUCGGAUAUUCAAUUUGAACCUGUCCCUGCCGAUUAUACCUCCCUCCGUCUGACGGAGCUUCCGACUACCGGGGGUGACACACUUUGGGCAUCUGGAUAUGAUAUAUAUGACCUAUUCUCGAAGCCGUAUCAGAAAUUCUUAGAGGGCCUGACAGCUACGUUUAUUGGGGAAGGGUUCUUGGCUGCCGCCGCAGCGAAUCCCGAAAAAGUCAAAUUACACGAGGGACCAAGAGGAAAUGAUGCCAAUGUCGGAAGAGAACUGAAAGCAGUCCAUCCAGUAGUUAGGACUAACCCAGUUACUGGGUGGAAAAGUAUCUUUGCGGUCGGACCGUUUCCAAGGUAUAUCAACGAAUUGUCAGACCAAGAAUCCUCGGAGUUACUCGAAAAGUUUGGUCGAACAAUUCUCGAGAACCAUGAAUUGCAAGUUCGAUUUAAAUGGAGGAACAAGAAUGACCUAGCAAUCUGGGAUAAUAGAAGCGCUUUUCAUACUGCUACUUUUGACUACGAUGGUCUUGGAGAGAGGUUCGGAAACCGGGCGGUCGGGAUAGGAGAGAUGCCUUAUUUUGAUCCGAACAGUAAAUCUAAGGCCGAAGCAUUGUCAGGUAGGAAAAGUAAUGGCGCGAAUAAUACGGAUGAGUAA